AAUGUAUAUAUAUUUAUUUAACUUUUUCCAUGAAUAAUUAAAUGGAAAUGGAUAAAGCAAAAUAAUAGUUCAAGGUUUCUCAAAUGAAAUCGUCUUUUUUUAGAUACACAAAUCACUGUGGCCUGUCAUAAUUUUUCAGUUGAAUCAUUCUGGUUGUAACACAAUUUUCAUGAACAUUUUUAAAGAAAUUCACAAGCUUCACUCAUGACCAAAACUUCUGAGUUAUUGAAUUCAUAAAAUAGAUCAUAACUAAGCCUUAAAAACAAUGACUUCUAGGGCUGUUACCGUUUUGGCUCCAAAUGGUCGCAGACAAACAGUCAAAUGCAACUUGAAUACAACAAUUCUGCAAAUUCUGGAAGAUGUAUGUAAAAAGCAAGGUUUUAAUUCCUCAGAGUAUGACAUUAAGCACCAUAAUAAAGUGUUGGAUACAUCUUUAACUGUCCAGUUUUCUGGUUUGCCUAAUAAUGCACAGUUAGAACUAGCUGCGUCAACCAAAUCCCGAAAAGACUCUGAAAUUAUGGUUGCCUUGAACCUUGAAGAUGGUAGUCGAGUUCUGGGAACAUUUCUUCCUUCUAGUACCUUACAGGAUAUACUUAACACAUUAUACGAUAGUCAAAAAUCAAAUCCAGUUGUGAUUUACAUGAGAAGGGAGAUAUAUGGAGAGGACCUUUCCCGAACAGAUUUACGUAGCUUGGGCUUAACAGGAGGUAGAGCUAUGUUACGUGUUGUCCAUAAAACUCCUGAAGAACUUAAAACUCAGGCUAAUGUUUCUAAUACUAUACCAGCAAAACCAGUUGUGGAGAAACCUUAUAAGAGAGUUUUCCAACCAGUGGAAGUAGAAGAAAGCAAGAAAAGUCCUCCAAAAAUGGAAGAGGCAGCAGAUGAUAAAAUAUUACCUCAAACUAAAAAUUAUUCAGCUCGUCCUGAUAUCUUGAAAUUAGCUAAGGAGAAGAUUGUUGAGAAAGUUGUUACCAAGGAAUGUUCUCCCAUGGAUGUGGAUCCUCAGGAAACUGAAAAUCUAGAAAGUGGUCAAGAUUCAUCAUUGCAUAAUGAGGAAGUCGAUAGAUCUAUAGUGAUGGAACAAGCUCAAAGUGAAAGAAUGAAAGAAAUGAAAUUAGAAGAUUUUCCAUUCACAGGUGUGAGACAUGGUUUGAUUUAUCAUAUAGAAAGCAGCAACCCGAGACCAAUGGAUGAUCCACCAGACGAUUUCUUCAAUCUUACCAUCAAUGAUGCAAAAACAAUUUUGAGAGACGUAAGGAAACAUGCUGAAGAAGCGGAAGAAGGUGGACCUCUACUCACAGCUGCUUUACGUCAAUUAGAAGAAUCCAAAAAACAGCUCAGACAUCUCAGUAAAUAUAGAAAAUGUAUCAUAAGAAUUCUUUUCCCUGAUCGUGUAAUCUUACAAGGUGUGUUUGCACCUAAAGAUUCUAUAAAAACUGUUUCUGAAUUCGUGAAAGAACACUUGGCUGUUGCGAAUAUACCUUUCUACCUCUACACUACCCCUCCAAAAUACAUUUUACCAGAGGAUAAGAUGUUAUUAGAGGUUGAUUGUGUUCCUGUUGCCUUAUUGCAUUUUGGACUAGAUGAAAAGUAUAGGAAUGAUCAAAUUAAAUUUAUUCGAGAGGAUCUUAAAGAUAAGUUUACCACCAACUCCAUGGCAAGCUUAGCAGCACAAAUGAUUAGAAACGGGGAUAGGAAAAAAAUAGCGGAAUCAUCAGAUGAGAAUCCCAUUGCUGGAUGCAGUAAAGAUUCUGAUUCAAUGAGUAAUCCUGUUAAAAGGAAUACAAAUAGUAGUGGAAAAGUUCCUAAAUGGUUUAAGGGUACUUGAAUUAAACUACUUUUAAUUUAAAUGUUGUUUAAUACUAAAAUACUGAUUGAUAAUUUGUUUAUUUCAUUAAAACUUGUGUGAUAUU